AUGGGGGAUCAAUUGCGGCUCACGACAGCAACGGUGGACGACUCCUUCUUGUCCGAGUCAUUUUCGAUCAAUAUCCCUGAAUUUAAACUUACCGUGAAGCUUUUGUGCCGCUGGAGAUUAUCGCCUUCUGUAGUGAGGAAUGAUGCAAGUGAAAGCGUGUCGCCGCAUUUCUACUCUCUUGACCUUGUGCUAAGCAUUACAUCUACGCACAAAGACGACACGGGAAAUGAGGCAAAUGAAGAGGACGACAAUGUCAUUGACGGUACUGGCACUUCACUUGAGGCCAUUGUACACAGCUGCCUUCUGACAAAGACACUCGACGCCCAUGAGGGCGGAAUCAGAUCUGAGAUCGAGGCUCUAGCCAAGGUAAUUCUCGUUCCUCAUGACGGCUAUCUGUGCCGACACGAUGUUCUGGAGCUUAGGAUGGCACAUGUUGAAUCCAUCGAAAAUGUGGUUCCAUUUCGGAUAGCCGGCAAGCUUUGUUCAGCAAUCCAACCUUGGAAGCAAAAGAAUCUGCUUCCUCUUCUACAAUCCUCUCCUGGAGCCUUAAUUUACAAACAAUCUGUUUCUCCUAUAUCACAUCUCGAAGCAUUUGAUCUCCUUGAAAGAGAAGUUUAUAAUAGGCUUUCCUUUGAGUGGGUGCUCCCAACUCAGGCACCGGCCUUAAGCGUGGCAGUGGUCGGUGGUCGCCCACUGUUCGAUAACACGACAGGAGCAUAUGGCUCAGAGGGACCUUUCGACGCAGCACGAGCUCUGGGGAUAUCAGUUAUUGUCCUCGACCGGCCCGGCCACUUCAUGGAAGAUGCAGAAUACAGCCACCUCCGAGACGAUUUCAUUGCAAUCGAUAUGACCAGCGAUGCUGAUCUGCCGCAAAAACUUGCUGAAGCCGUCAGAAGCCGCAAGGUUGACGGCAUCAUCACGUUUUCAGAUGAGUAUGUUAUUGCAACUGCAAAAGCAGCCAAGCUGUUGAAUCUGGAGACCGAACCGGUAGAGUCGAUUGUUGCGGCUCACUAUAAGGAUGAGACGCGGAAAAUUCUCAAUACCCCCAACUUUCAGGCUCUGCGACUAGACAACGCAGCACAAUUAGACGAAGCAUCUUGGGCUGGAAAACUUGAAAGCUUGAGAUACCCUCUGGUCGUCAAACCAUGUCGCGGUGGCGCCUCUCGGGGAGUCAAGAAAGUUCAAGAUCAAUCGGGUUUACGACAGGCGUUGCUGCAAAUGGAGAGAGACGGCCUUUCAAAGCACGGCAUUCUUCUCGAAACAUAUAUUAGUGGGCCAGAAGUUGAUGCCAACAUUGCGCUAUGGAAUGGCGAGCUUUUGUUUAUCGAAAUCACUGAUGACUUUCCUUGCACAGCCGACGCAAGUGAUGCGACUAUUGCCGACAGCUUUGGUGAGACGAUCAUGUUAUCUCCCACGCGAUUAAGCGCCCAAGAACAGGAGCUGUUGAAGACUUCUCUUCACAGAAGCCUGCUCAAGUUAGGGUUUCGCAACGGUAUUUUCCAUGUCGAAGCCCGGGUUCAGAACUCAUCCAUGAGAUAUCACGAUACCGACGGCGUCGUCGACCUUGUGGCUUCGAGCACUACCCCUCACGGUUAUCCAGAGGUGUAUCUCAUUGAAAUCAACGCACGCCCUCCUGGCCUGGACUGCGCCUUUUCGACUCUUUACACAUAUGGUGUAGACCUUACUGGUGCGGAAACUGCUUGA